GUGUUUAUGGCUUCGGCGGUAAACAGUGACAAAAUAUCGCUCGUGAGUGUGUGCUCUAACGUUGUUCGUGAUUAGUGGGUUUUUUGGCCCGAUGUCUCGCGUCUCUUCGAUUCUUGUAUUUGCGAAAGGUACAAAGUGUGUUUGCGCGAGUUAUAUAUCGUAGAAAGAAAGUGAGGGAGUGAGUGAGUGAGUGAGGCAGAGCGAUAGACGAGUGCAAGGCGGGAUAUGAGCUACCCCGAGUCGCACUGGGAGAUCAACGGUAAUCAUAAUCCAGUGAUAACGUCGAGCGCGGAGAUGACGCAGUACGUCGGCAGCGAGAUACCGAAUUAUCACCCGAUGUGGGACAGUCCCGUGCUGUAUCCGACGGCGGCACCACCGCAGCACCAGCCUCCGCAAUUGCCACCCACGCACCCGCACAAUCUCGGCGGCGGAGGUGGCGGUGAUCACGGCAUCUACCGUCAGCCCUGCGCCCUCCUUCAUCAGAGUCGUUACUCGCAAAACGGACGCUCGACGAACGGCAGCAGCAGCAGCAGCGGCGGCAGUGGCAGCGGCGGCGGUGGAGGAGGUUCGCUGAGCACGAGCUCGAAGAAGCCGAGGCGACGCGUAGCCACCGUGUCGCAGAGACGAGCCGCCAACAUUCGCGAGAGGAGGCGCAUGUUCAAUCUCAACGAGGCUUUCGACAAACUACGACGCAAGGUGCCGACGUUCGCCUACGAGAAGCGACUGUCGCGCAUCGAGACGCUUCGGCUGGCCAUCACGUACAUAGCCUUCAUGGGCGAGCUGCUGGGCAUCGAGCCGCCCAAUCCCAAGACCGAGUACAUACCCAGGGAUUACUAUCUGCCCAAUAGUUAAGCGCUCGAUCCGAUGUAAUAUUGGUUUCGGAAAAAAGAAAAAAAAAAUUCGAGCGAACAA